CUAGCUGCAAAUUCGCGCUAACCAUUCAGUACAGCACCAACCAUGGGCCCCUUCAAGCCACUUCUACUUUUUGCUGUAGCUACCUUAUUCAUAGCCCACUGUAACGCCGAAAGCAAAGUUGUCUGUUACUACGACAGCAAAUCACACUUCAGACAGGGUCAGGCCAAAUUCGAAAUCACCGAUUUAGAACCCGCUUUGCAGUAUUGCACCCACCUCAUCUACGGCUACGCCGCCAUAGACGAAGAAACUUACAAAUUAACCCCCCUCAAUGAGCAAUUCGACGUAAUCAAAGACAAUUACCGAAAAGUAACAGAUCUGAAAAAACGUUUCCCGAAACUGAAAGUUUUACUCUCAGUGGGCGGCAACGCCGAUGUCAGCGGCCAAGACGAAGAAAAGAACAUCAAAUACAGAAAUUUGUUGGAAACUACAACUCGUCGACUCGCUUUCGUCAACUCCGCUUACACCCUCAUCAAAGCCUACGGUUUCGAUGGCUUGGACCUCGCCUGGGAGUUCCCCGAGAACAAACCGAAGAAAAUCCGAUCAAAACUCGGAAGUAUCUGGCAUUCGGUGAAGAAAACCGUCACCGGAGACAAGAUUUUGGACGAAAAUGCCGCCGAACAUCGCGAACAAUUUGUUAGUUUAGUCAGAGAGCUUCGGGGGGCUUUCAGGGCCGAGAAUUUGUUGGUGACUUUGACCGUCUUGCCCAAUGUUAACAGCACUGUCUAUUACGAUCCACGAAAUUUGGCACCCAAUUUGGAAUUUAUCGUACUUGAAGCUUUCGAUUUUUACACGCCUGCAAGGAACCCCAAAGAAGCUGAUUAUCCGUCGCCCCUCUACGAGCUGGUUGACAGACGAAACGACGAAAAUGUUGAUGCUCAAGUCAAAUACUGGAUGAGUAACGGAGCACCCAGCUCGAAAAUCAUCUUAGGCCUCCCAACCUUCGGCCGUGCUUGGGCAAUGGACGACGAAUCCGACAUCAACGGCACUCCACCCCUCCACAUCUCAGGCCCCGCUGAACCGGGCCCCCUUACCAAAGACGCCGGUCUUCUUAGCUAUCCCGAAAUUUGUACUCUACUAAACGACCCACAAAACGCCAAAAUCCAGAAAGCCUUCCAAGUUAAAAGAGUCGCAGAUCCUUCAAAACGCAAAGGAUCCUACAUUUUCAGACUUCCUGAUGAAAAUAACAAUGGGGGCCUUUGGGUCGGCUAUGAGGACACCGAUACGGCGGGAUAUAAAGCCAGCUAUGUGAAAGCUAAAGGACUGGGAGGAAUUGCAAUUGUUGACUUGUCUUUGGACGACUUUAAGGGGGCUUGCGGAAGGGAUAAAUAUGAUAUUUUAAGGACUGCUAAAACGCACUUGUAAAUUAUAACCAAUUAUUGAAAAAAUAUACAAUAAUAUUCUAUAAA